GUCAUUGUUGCGCCGGACGCAAGCAUUUUUCCUUCUGACCUCUCGUUGUUAGACAUGUCUCUUCCCUGACUAUGCAACCCUAAGAAUGAGUCGAGUUGAUCUCUCCAUUCGCCAGGCCAUCCUGUUAAAUGACGUUGCUUUAGUUCGACGACUGCUAAAGCAUCAUCCCGAACAUCUACACAAUCCUGACUUUGCCGAUAAGAGCAAUACAUCUUUGCAUCUAGCCGCUCAACAUGGCUUGACAGAGAUAGCAGAGCUGUUGGUCUCACUCGGCCAUGACAGCACUCGAGAAGUCACAGACUGGAUCUACUCCAACCAGGGUGACAAUCUGGGAAUCUCGGUCAACACUGACGGCAGAACCCCUCUUCAUCUUGCUGCUGCCUCUUCUCAAUCGCCUGUGGUCGAGCUUCUUUGCAAACACUUCCCUCAAACCGUCAACCGACCAGACUACCAAGGCCAAACGCCCCUCCAUCUCGCAUCCUGUUCUCAGGGUGCGGCGAUUGUACCCAGCUACGCCGACCAGAAUUCGAGACCUACCACACGUACGGGGGAAGACAAUAACACUAUAGACAUUCUGAUCGCAUAUGGAGCAGACGUGAAUGCAAGAGAUGAUCAAGGAAAUACAUGUCUACACAAUGCAACUGCAUGGGGCAAUCUCAAGGCCGUCCGGGCUUUGAUGCAGGCUGGGGCUGAUCCACUACGAAAGAACAAGGCUGGAUGGACUCCUGAAUAUUACAGUAUCACUGUACAAGCAGAAGUUUACUAUCGAAACCUGGUUGCAGAGUGGGAGAAACGAAAGGCCAGUAAGGCUGGUGCCCCAGGAGCCUGAAAGCGAUGAUGAUGAUGAGUCGGCGGCCUCCCGGAGCCGCGCGAGCAGUGCAAGGUCUCAGCAGACGACAAGUAGUCAUAGUGACGCCGGCUUGGGAAUCACUGUUGGCAAUGUGGAUACGUGGAAGUGAUUGUGUCGAUGGAGUUCAUACGGACUCCGGGGUAUUUUGGAUUUGGUGUCAUGUCUACGGAGGAGGGAGUUCAACUUUACAUACGGAGUAGGCAACAUACCAUCUGGCGUUCGUAGGUAAGGAGUACGGACUGAGCACAGGGCGAUAAGGAAUGGUGGAGUCUUUGCAGGAGAACAAGAACUGGAUCAGCUGAAUACGAUACGAUGAACCUGGACUCCGCACAUGUGAGACGAUCAAUUGACCCCUUCGAUCCCCCAGUCCAAGUCCAAGUGUCAGCCACC